AUGGAUCUUAAACAUAGCUGCAAUGCUGCGGCGACGGCAUCGGCCCAAGUCGACUUCGUCGCCACAGUGCCAAAGCCAAAAUCCGCCCGAGCGACCAGCCGACAGCGAGCGAGCUCUUCGGGUGAAGACGAACUGGGCAUCCAUCUCAACUUUGAGUCUUCUUCCUCCAUCCCAGUAGCUACGACGUCAGGGACGUCUCCGCUGCGGCCGUGGUCAUUUACGGACGCGCCGAUAGGUCCCAAAGGAACCAUUUUUGGCUGGCAGACAGAGUGCCCGAAGUCAGCUACCUACGCUGCCGCAGGCGUCAUUCCCUUCGCCUAUCGCGAGGACGAGCAGGAGUUGUACGUGCUCAUGUCGUUCCAGCUUAGCGAUAGGAAUCCUAAGACUUCCCUGGUUUACACAUUUCUGGGCGGCAAGGUUGCGGGCGGCGAUAAGAAUAACCCAUGCCGUACAGCCGCACGGGAGGCCCAUGAGGAGACGCACCGGGUGUUGGACGAGCAACUCGUCCUCAAUGCGCUGCUUGGGAAGGUACCGGCGUACGGCAGCGGGUCGUCGGUGCGGAAAAGCGUGUCGCCGCGGGAUGCUUCAGCGGCGACAGCUGUGCCUUCACCUGCUCCCGUAACCCCUGCCUCUGCCGCUGCCUGUGACGCCAUACCUAUAGACGCAGCAGCCAAUGCUAGGGCCGAUGCAGCUGGGCGCUACACGGCCUUUGCGAUGCAUCUGCCCAAUGCCUGGCACCUGCCCGAGAUAUGCCAGAAGAGGAUCAUGGACAAACAGAAACACCCGCAGGCGAAGAAGGCGGAGGGCUUAGCGUGGGUCAGUCUGCGCCAGCUGGCGCUGCUGCGUGCGGGUAAAGACGUCAAGGAUGACGUGUCAGGCCGUACCGGUUCAGGCCACCAUUAUGUGUUGAUGCUGAUGCGCGCCGGUGGUCAGCCGGUCGGCGUGUUCAAAUGGUUGCAAAGCCUGGAGGCGCAUUUGCGGCACUGGCAUGGAUUGCCGGAGACAAAUGAUCAGCAAAAGCAGGUGACGAAAGCGGCAAGGGGGGAAGGCGCUGACUCGAAAAUGCGUGCCGGGGCCUCGGGAUCAGAAAGCGGAGGAGGACAAGAGCACGAUCUGGGGCUGGUGAAGCCGCGGGUGGUCCUAAACACAAAAGCGAAAGUCGGAAAGGACGCCCAGCAGCAUCAACAGCGGGCGUUCUACACCGUCUGGGCGAUUGAUGGCUCAUCUCAGCAGGUGCUGGUAAAGCAGGCACAACCCAAGCCGCCGCUGAGCUUGCUGCGCCUAGAGUCGAGUGCUGCACCAUCAGCAGUAGCAGCAAGGGUGGCCCCUUCGGGACUAGCCCAGCCGUCAGCUCUUCCGGCAUCGCUGCAGCCGCCGCAGCAAGUCGCUCCAUCUGCGGCCAUGACGCACCAGUCAGACGGGGACUCAGUUCCACUGCUGGCCCUCAACAGCCACAUGGACAUCCGCGUUCUCAGCCGCAGGAAAUACCCAUACCCGGCCCGUCGGUGCAACAGCCCCAACAACAGCAGCUCCGGCAGCAGCAGCAGCAGCAAGGCACGUCGGAUGUGGCAGCACAUGAAGGGACUUUCGACCAGGCUCUUCUUCGGGACAAGUGGCAGCAUCGCCACCGUCGGCCACAUCGGCUCGGGUUGA